AUGAAUUUCAGGCUUAUUAGCUUCUCUACUGCUGUCAUAGGUAGCGCUCUCGCCGCUGAUGUUUUUACGGCUCCUCUGACUACCAAGCGCCAGGCUCACUCUAAGGCCCGCCUUGUACGUCGCUCUGCUCAGCGCCAGAGCAAUCCUCCUAUAAAGCGGGUUGGUAUCGAUGGUGAUAUCUACGAAACUGCCAUCUUGCAGGUUGGUGUUGACUUCUGUAUCACGGGCAGCGAUGUGUCCUACGACGCCUGGUACGAGUGGUACCCCGAUUACGCCUAUGACUUUGACAAUUUCGAAAUAUCUGCUGGCAACGUAAUCAAGGUCACCAUUGAUGCCACUUCUAGCACUGGUGGUACUGCCAUCAUCGAGAAUAUCAGCACUGGAAACUCCGCGACCCACUCAUUCUCUAAUGUAACUGACGGUUCUCUGUGUGAAUACAAUGCCGGGUGGAUUGUUGAAGACUUUGAGAGUGACAGCGAGCUUAUUGAUUUCGCCAACUUUGGUACUGUUACCUUUAGCGAUGCUAUAGCCACGUCUGGCAACACAUCCUAUGGCCCUUCGACUGCUACCAUCAUGGAUAUCAAGCAGGCCGACACCGUUCUGACCUACAGCUCUGUUACUGAUGACAUUGUCACUAUAACAUACUAUAAAUCUAGCUGA